ACCCUUUAACACAGACAGGGUUCUGCGGGUCCCCACAUCUCACCACACUUCAGAGUCAGCAGCUGGACCGCUGUGGGUGUGAUGCAGCUCUUCAGCACGGCUCUGGAAACUUAUCCCCUCCAUCAUAUUAAUGGGAUAAUAAUGUGAUUGAUUGGUCAUCCCCCCCCGGGGGAAAUGGUCUUUUCUGCUUCCUGAGACAGCAAGACUCAUCACAGACACUAGAGGAGCCCCCCCCAGCAGGGUGAACACUCGUCCUGAUCCGCGUGGUUUCAGCCCCGGGUUGUCCCGUGUGGAGGACGGUCUUCCUUGUUUCGGUGUCGCUGUGCAGCUGUCGGCUUCCUCGGCGGGGAUUAAGGAGGAGGGAGGGAGGGAGGGAGGGGGAAGAGGUGGAUUCCGGCGCUUCAGGACGGCUGAGUCCCGCUGCGAUGCAUGGAGGCUGCUUGGAAAUGCUCCCCGGGUCUCCGGAGCGCUUGAGGCGGGUCCUGCACACCGACAGGCUGCAGCAGCAGCGGGAGGAUCCGGCCGCUAAGCCACAGCUCUGCCGAGCAGCCACAACAUAGGAGCACGGCUGCGCUCGGCUCGGAACCACGCAGCGGAGGUAUAUCCUCCGUCGGAGCCGUGAUCCGGGAGCCUGAAGGCUGCAUAAUAUCCCCUGCGUCGCGGCGGUGGGAUACUGUGUAAACCUGUCGGGUGGCAUCUAUGCAAUUUAAUCUCGACUUUUCAUUUUAUUAUGAGCACAGAGGAGGGAGAGCCGGGGGCUGCUUGUGGAGAGGCGAGGGGAGGCACUGCCACCAGCCAACGCCACACCUGGGAUGAAGACGAACCGGACGGCUCCCAAGGACGUCCGCACCCCGACGAUGAGGGGCAGGCAGAGCAGAGAGAGGAGGAAGAGGAGGAGGAGGGAGAAAGCUGCCAGGAGGGCCGGAGCUGCAGGGAUGCAUGUGGGGGGAACAACGAGGGGAAUAUUUCCAGUGAGGAAGGGGCCGUUGGGGGCAGCUCGUGCAAGACGCAGGCGAUGCAUUCAAACUGCAGCAGCGAGACCUGCAUCCCCACUCCCAGCUGUCGGAUCUGCUUCCAGGGCGCAGAGCAGGGCGACCUGCUGAAUCCGUGUCGGUGUGACGGCUCAGUGCGUUACACUCACCAGCACUGCCUACUGAAGUGGAUCAGCGAGCGAGGCUGCUGGACAUGUGAACUCUGCUGCUACCGCUUCCACGUCAUCGCCAUCAACAUGAAGAGACCGUGGCAGUGGCAGUCCAUCACCAUCACUCUGGUGGAGAAGGUGCAGAUCAUCGCCGUGUUCCUGGGCUCUCUCUUCCUGGUGGCGAGCAUCUCCUGGCUCCUGUGGUCGGCUCUUAGCCCGCAGGCCGUGUGGCAGCGCCGCGACGUCCUCUUCCAGAUCUGCUACGGCAUGUACGGCUUCAUGGACCUGGUUUGUGUAGGUCUGAUUGUCCACGAGGGGGCAGCAGUGUACAACGUCUUCAUGCGCUGGCGGGCCGUCAACCUCCACUGGGACGUUCAGAGCUACAAUAAGGCCAAGGACUUGGAGGAGACGAGCACUGGCCACUCCUCUUUGAACCCCAGGACGCUUUGGUUGCCUUUGGCCACCUUUGGGCCCGGUGGCCCUUUAAACCCCACCCAGCUGAGGUCGCAGCCGUGGACCUGCCUCUGCUUGGCCCCAUUCUGCCCCGGCUUUGUACCCCGAAACAACCUCAGCCAGGACAGCGACUCAGGAGAGGUGGUGAUUCGUGUAACAUCCGUGUGACACCAGGCGGUAUUUAUACAGGGACAUAACAUCUGAUGGUUUGCACAAGGUGGCAACGAUCUGAGCUUCUCUGGACCGUUUCCAGUAUGAGUUCUUCUUCUUUUGCAGAUCUUUUUCUGUUACCAAAUGUUUUUCUAAAGAGUUUCUAAAAAGUUGUUUUUGCUGCUCUGAGGCCGGCCCUCAAAAGAUCUCAAACAGUUCAGUCAGGUGACAAUGUUGCCUUUGUGUUACUCAUCUCACAUCCUCACCUUACACUCUUUGUUUUCCAGACCACUUUGCAGCAGUCAUGUCAUGUUAGAUCGAACGUAAAGCUGGAAAAAACAUGGCGGCACAUCUCAAGAUGGUUCAAGCUUGUAGAGUUGGCUUUGUGAGAUUUGAUAUCCCAUCAAUACAUCCAUCCAGGUCGCGGGGGGCUGGAGCCGAUCCCAGCUGUCAUUGGACGAGAGGCGGGGUACUACCUGUACUCUAAACCAGUCAAGAUUUGUUGUAUGCUGUUAAUUGAUUGAUUUGAGGCAUUAAGGCGAGUUUGCUCUUUCAGUUAAUUAGUGUCAGUUUUCCAUAAACAUUGUUUAUGUUUGGAACGAACCCUAAACCCUUUUUAAAGAACGCCACAUGACAUGAAUGCAGCAAUAUGGCCGACAUGUAUCAAGACUAUAUCAAUGAUCUUAACAAUAUCUCCACAUAAACCGCUAAAGCUUCAUUUUACAAUCCCAUUGUUUCCUAUUUCUUGGUAAUUCACUUUCUAAUAUGUCUACAUAAAUGUGAGAAGUUGGAUCUAUGUUACUCACAUCUGUGCUCCGCUUCAUUCAAUCACUUCCUGAUUUUCAGUCUCAACUCAUCGUCGAGCUCAGCUCAACAUUAAUCACAUCUCACAGUCUCAUCUGACGCAGUCGUCCUGUUUUUAGUAGGGCCCGACCAAUAUGGAAUUUUUUUGGGGCCAAUGCCGAUAUCGAUGUUAGGAAGAAAAAUCACAUACCGAUAUAUCGUCAAUAUCUUUAUUUGAUCCCUCUUUGAUCUUUAGAGAUAGAUUGAUAUAGAUAUACACAUUUUUUGUGUUGAUCCCUCGAACGCGGUUUUUAAAACACUUGUGGAAAAGAUUUAUAAUGAAGACAAGAUGGUCACUCAACUGGAGAGUAACUGUGCAUGUCCGUGUAUCACCGCUUGAUACUCUGGAGAGUGAUGAUGCUUGUAGUAAUCCAUAUUGCGCCCUCUGCUGGUGAAAGAGAACUGCUAGUGCAAUACAAAUUGAAACUCAAAUUAAUUUAUAUUUGAGUGGUUAAUAAAUCUAUUGGAUGAAAUUAGCCGAUACUGAUAGUCACUUGAUGUGCUAACAUCGGCCGAUAUUAUCGGGUGGUCGGUCAAUCGGUCGGGUUCUAGUUUUUAGUUCAAUCUUUACUUAGUCAGCCGCAGUUUAUUCUGAGCCGUACUUGGAUCUUGACAUCAUGAGGGGAUUGAUACCAGGAUAUAAACACUUCAGAUAUCUAAGCCUCUUCUAGAUGGAGUCAUGCAUCAGUACGAUCAAUGUGGUAGAAGUGAUCAAAGAUUUGGAUUUAUAAAGGAUCUUUGUGAAACUGCUCAACUGUUUUAUAUAUAAAACCUUUUCUGUUGGAGGAGCAGACUCUUCCAGAAAGCAUCAGACGGAGGAGGAUGGUAGAGUGUCAGAUAGAAUCGCACAAGAAAAAGUAAAACCCUGAUGUCAGAAAGACGUUGAAGUUUACGUUUCAACAAUGCGGGCAGUAAAAAUGGUCAUGUUUUUAAACCUUUUUUUUAACUUGAUCCUCAAGUGAUUUGUGCCUGUAUAAAUACAGCUGUCAAAAAAAACAUGUGUUUUGGAUGUGUGUUAUCCAUUGUUUUGAGCUUCCAGGAGCCCCGUGGUGUUUGGGUUGUGGGGUUUCGGGGAUGGGGGGGGUUGGUUUUUUGGUAUUUUUUAUCUAUUUAUUUUUGGUGCCUUAGGAGGUGGGGCGGCGACGCCUUCAAUGAAUGCACAGAAUGUGACUUUUGCUGUCGGCUGUAUUUCUA